AUGCCGUGGAGCUUCAAGCUGUCCAACCCUUCCAGCACGGCUGAGACCAAGGGCGAACCUGGUAGGGGGUGGAUCUGGAAGAGCUGUGGUAUGGAUGCGGACGCUGUCAGAGUCGACAGCAUUGAUGUUACCCCCGAUCCACCAAAACCUGGCCGCAACAUGACUGUAAGGGGUACAGGUGUUGUCAGGUCUCUUAUCGACGAGGGAAGCUAUGUGGACGUAGUAGUCAAGAUCGGCCUCAUCAAGCUGCUCUCACGCCGCUUUGACCUCUGCGAGGAAGCCAAGAAUGCAAACGCCCAGGUACAAUGCCCCAUCAAGCCCGGCACGUACGACAUUGAGCAGACCGUCGCGCUUCCACGCGAGAUUCCGCCUGCCAAGUUCAACGUGCACAUCACCGGUGCCACCCAAGCCGAAGAGGACCUCAUGUGCCUCGAUCUUAGCAUCAACUUCAUGCAUAUCUGA